GAAGUUAGGUGGUUUAUCCAGGCCAAGGACGGUGUAUGCACGGACAAGUUCGUCGUGUAUCUGUGUGUUUUUGACACACUUCAGAACACAAAGCAAUGGCUGACCAGGCUAAGAAACUUCCUUGGGAUCCAUGGAAGAACUAUGACAUAAGCCAGAGAGAGUUGAAGGCUAUCAGGGAAAGAGCCAAAAUGCGAGAUGCCAUGAAGGCUGAAUGGCAGAAAAAGGUUACAGACCCUUACCGUGGCUCACACGACGGAGGUCAUAUAUUUGACCCUGCUGUGCAACGCUUUAUGUCAAUGCGAGCAACAAAUUUUGACCACUUUAAAGUGACACCAAAAACCACAUGGUUUGGUUUCUUAUAUAUAGUGUUGCCUGUUGGCUUAUUGACAUAUAUAUCCACGAAAGACAAGGAAGAGAACGAAGCCAAAUUGCGAUCUGGACAAGUUCCUUACAAGGAUCGCCUGUGGAAAUUCAUGUACUGAAUGGAUUUGGUUCUGUCCUCUACAUGAUUUUGUGUGGACUUUAGCGCAAAAGAAAUCAUAGAGCUUGAACUUUCAUUAUAAUAAACUUGUUUGUAAAUGAGCACCAUUUAUCUUAAAUUGAUUUGUUGCCAAAUAAAGUAAACAAAAAA